CCAAACAGCCGUGAAGAGAGCAAUCAACCCACCUACAAAUCUCGUCCCCAAGGUUUUCGUGUUCGAGAACUCGCGGUGCACUCCACCUAUGCAUUUUAUCUGAUUCUAAUUUCGUCUUCUCCUACCUAGCAUAUCCAUUUGCACGAUCCGAAGGAGCUCGAAAGGAAGAAAAAAUGGUGGUCUUUGAAGUGACCCGUAAGGAAACGACUCCCUUCGAUGGCCAGAAGCCAGGAACCUCCGGCUUGAGGAAAAAGGUUGUAGUGUUUCAGCAACCUAAUUACCUUCAUAAUUUUGUUCAAUCAACAUUCGAUGCACUUACUUCUGAGAAAGUAAAAGGUGCGACGCUUGUUGUUUCUGGGGAUGGCCGAUACUUCUCAAAAGAUGCUAUUCAGAUCAUCAUAAAAAUGGCAGCUGCAAAUGGAGUCAGAAGUAUAUGGGUUGGUCUAAAUGGUCUGCUCUCCACACCCGCUGUGUCUUGUGUCAUUCGUGAGAGAGUUGGUGCAGAUGGAUCCAAGGCUACAGGUGCUUUUAUUUUGACUGCUAGUCACAAUCCAGGUGGACCACAUGAGGAUUUUGGAAUCAAAUACAAUAUGGAAAAUGGCGGACCUGCUCCAGAGGCUAUUACUGAUAAAAUUUAUGCCAACACGAAGACAAUCAAGGAGUACCUCAUUGCAGAGAACCUUCCAGAUGUAGAUAUUUCUACCAUCGGGGUGACCAAAUUUACUGGACCUGAAGGAGGUUAUGAUGUGGAGGUAUUCGACUCUGCCAGUGAUUAUGUGGAAUUGAUGAAGUCAAUUUUUGAUUUUGAGUCCAUCCAAAAGCUUCUUGCAUCGCCAAACUUCACAUUUUGCUAUGACGCUCUUCAUGGUGUUGCUGGAGCUUAUGCAAAACGCAUUUUUGUUGAAGAGCUUGGUGCAAAAGAAAGUUCCCUGUUAAAUUGCACACCUAAGGAAGACUUUGGCGGAGGUCAUCCGGACCCGAACCUGACUUAUGCAAAGGAACUAGUUUUGCGAAUGGGGUUGGGCAAAUCUAACCCACAAGAUGAACCCCCCGAGUUUGGUGCAGCUGCUGAUGGUGAUGCAGAUCGCAACAUGAUUUUGGGUAAAAGGUUCUUUGUGACCCCAUCAGAUUCUGUUGCCAUCAUUGCUGCUAAUGCUGUUCAAUCCAUUCCUUACUUUUCUUCUGGAUUGAAGGGUGUUGCCAGGAGCAUGCCAACCUCUGCAGCUCUUGAUGUUGUGGCACAGAAUCUAAGUCUGAAAUUCUUUGAGGUACCUACUGGAUGGAAAUUCUUUGGCAACUUAAUGGAUGCUGGCCUUUGUUCAAUAUGUGGUGAAGAAAGCUUCGGGACAGGUUCAGAUCAUAUACGUGAAAAGGAUGGGAUCUGGGCAGUCUUAGCUUGGCUUUCAAUUCUUGCCUACAAGAACAAGGACAACCUUAAUGGGGGUAAGCUCGUUACAGUGGAAGACAUAGUUCAUCAGCACUGGGCUACCUAUGGUCGCCACUUUUAUACUCGAUAUGAUUAUGAGAAUGUGGACGCAGCUGGAGCGAAGGAACUGAUGUCAUAUUUGGUGAAUAUUCAAUCAUCCCUUCAAGAAGUUAACAAGAUAAUCAAGGCAAUAAGAUUAGAUGUCUCAGAUGUUGUGGAUGCUGAUGAAUUUGAGUACAAGGAUCCGGUGGAUGGUUCGGUCUCCAAGCACCAGGGAAUCCGUUUCUUGUUUGCAGAUGGUUCCCGGCUGGUAUUCCGCCUAUCUGGAACUGGCUCAGAAGGUGCCACAAUUAGGCUCUACAUUGAGCAGUAUGUGAAGGAUUCUUCAAAGACUUCGAGGGACUCACAGGAAGCUCUAGCUCCUCUGGUGGAAGUGGCACUGAAACUUUCCAAGAUGAAAGAGUUCACAGGACGCUCUGCACCUACUGUCAUCACCUGAGUAUAUGACAAUCGGCUAAUAGCAUGGAAGUUUUCUACCACUUGUUCAGUUUAUUCAAAAUAAAUCAUCUCUUCCUGUUUUUCUACCUAUUUUUAGCACAAACAGACGAGUUAAUCGAAUUUGCCAUGCAAUUUUGAAGUUUUGUAUUCCUUUUGCCUGGGAAUAUAUUUGAUUUCAUUAUUUCUCCACAUAUAUGAUGGUCGUUUGUGCAACCUUAUAUACUUUCAUCAAUAUAUCUUUUGAUGAAUAAAAUCAAUAGAUAAGAAAUAAACUCUC